CAUCAUCGACAACAUCCGCAUUGACAGACCUGGCCACACUUGGUUUUCGCAUUCGUAUUAUGAUAAAAUUCCAUUCGCGGCUGUUAUUUAUGGUUAUCUCGCUGAUUGGAUUGAGUAGAGCACGAAACGUCGUGUUUCAAAAACCUACUCUGCAAACUCAUAACCUUCCCCUGACAAUUCAGCAUGGUAGAAUCCUGACUGGAUCAAUCGGCUGUAAAAUAUUGUUGGUAGAAAGUAUUCCACAGAAUCUGACCUACUCCCCUGAUUCUCCCAAACAUGCUUCAACUUUGUUCGCGUGGCAGGUUUUAUUGGACCAAGUCACACAAAAUUUGUCUCUAGCUUCCUUUUACUGGAGUCUGAUUGCGGAACCACAGUUCAAUCGAAGUGCUAUUCAUGAGGGGCGUGCAAUCUAUGAAACUUUGCUGGAAAAGGCAAAUCAAGUAAAACUCACGGUGGCCCAAAGUGGUGCGAAAAAGGAGAACAAUGAGCUAGAUCAGCUGUCAGCUGCAGGAGCGCAAGUCUAUUGGGUUGACGUCGCACGCUUGCUUGGUCGAGGUGUACUUCAUACAAAGCUCUGGGCGAUAGAUCGCAAGCAUGGAUAUAUCGGUAGCGCUAACAUGGAUUGGCGUUCACUCACCGAAGUGAAAGAACUUGGUGGCCUACUCUUGAAUUGCCCUGAACUGGUGCACGAACUGGAGAAGAUUCAUGGAGCUUAUUGCUUAGCUACCGAGAGGAUUCCUGCUCAGUGGCCGAAAGAAUUGGAAACGGUAUACAACCAUACGAAUCCUCUGGUUACUAAGAUCAAUGGAAUUCGUUCUCGGGUCUAUGUGUCUGGUUCACCUAGAGAAUUCAACCCUCCUGGGCGCACUUACGAUUUGGAUGCCAUCUUGUUGACUAUUGCCCAGGCCAAGAAAUAUAUUUACAUAUCCGUAAUGGACUACAGUCCAGAGGUUGUGAGCUAUGAUAUCGAAACGCCUAAAAAAUACUGGCCUGCUAUUGACACUGCCUUACGAGAGGCAGCAAUCGAUCGUGGUGUUGAAGUGCGUCUGUUGAUCAGCCGAUGGCCAUACACAGUGCCCACAAUGUUCAAAUACCUAUCAUCCCUCAGAGCACUCAACGGCAUUGGAGGAUCUCAGCUUCGUGUGCGCUACUUCGUGGUUCCCUCCUUCACUGACGAACAAAUCAUGAUUCCUCAUGCCAGAGUGAAUCACAACAAAUAUAUGGUGACAGAGAAAACAGCUUAUAUAGGCACAUCCAACUGGUCAGGUGACUAUUUCCUGUAUACAGGUGGUGCUGGGCUCGUUGUAGAAGAGGACACUGUGGACAAUUCGUUUACCGAUAGCAUCUGCGAUGGAAACAAGCCCAAGACGUUGCAAGCUCAAUUGACUGAUAUCUUUUACCGAGAUUGGAAUUCGGAAUACUCCUAUGAAGAAUAGAUGUCUUUUGAUUUUACACUAUUCAGAGUGUAAUCCCGUCCUUCAUAUGUUUGUUGUAUUGGUGUGAUUUUCUGUAGUCAGUCCAGUCCUGUUUGUACAAAAAUUUGUCGAGUAAUUUCUGGUCUCACGUUGCUCAUAA